GGCAGGACUAAUGAGGGUCUUGUAGCCCUUAGUUAAUCAGCAUUAGUGUUUUUGCAUUCAUAGGUUUUGAGUUUUACUCACAGGCUGUGGUUUUAUGGAAAGCUCCAUGUGUUCUACAUAAGAUAAACCCUAAUUUUAAUGCACAUGAGAUUUAUUAAUUUAAUGCACAUUAUUUAAUUUGCAAUUUCACCAACAUGUGCUUUACUCCACUAGUGUAUGAUUGCAGAAAAAGAAGUAUCUCUUUAUUGAACAAGUAGAAACAUAUUUUGUGGGAAAUCAUAAAAGUAUUUAUAAAUGUAUCUAUACAAAUGCAGCUAAAAUGGUAAAAAAAAAAAAGGUUAAUACUUGUUCAAGACAAUCCCUACCCUUCAGCAAAGUUGCAACCAUAUUCUGUUUAUUUUGAUAAGUAAAAUAGUGCAGUGUAUAUGUAUUCUCUUAUGCACGUCACUAAAAUAUAUUCAGUUUAAGAAUAAAAAAUGGCAAAACUGAAAAUCAUUCAAAUAACAUUUGUCUCAGAAUAUAUUCUGUAAUUAUAAUGAUUCUCAUUUGCUACAUAUAUCUAUAUAAUAUUUUUUUUUAAACCAUUAAAUAUUAGAUCAAAUAAUGGCAAUCAUCUGGACGCGCUCGCGUCUUCGGGCACAGCUUUAGUGUUUUAAACGAGAAUCAAAUGCUUCUUUAGUGCAUCUUUAGUUGUGUUGUACCCUUAUGUCUUUUAUUUUUUAGUGUAUGUUAAAAUGCACCGACAGCAUUAUCGAUGGAUCUGUUUUUCCCCCUUUGUUAUGUAGGCUGUUAGGGCUGUUUAUUCGCAUACUUAGACUACUCCUUAUUGGAAUUGGCGACUAAAGAAAGUAUAACAUAGUGGAUUCGACUUUGCAUUUGUUUGACAGGAUUAGAUUUUAUGCCAUAUAUCUGAUCCGUAAUGAUAAAUUCCAUGCUAAAGGUAAAAGCUGUGACAUCUUUUCUUACCUUGCAUAUUUUGUCCUGAAAUGCCUUUCUACUGCUCAAGUAUGAUGGAGAUUUUAUCUGUGAUUGGUUAAACGGGUGUAUAUUACUUAAACAUUGAUAUUUGAAAACUGACGUUCUUGCUUUUGGGUUCUUAUGUGGAAUACGCUGAAGGAUCGUGUGCGCGCCAUUCCCACACGCGCGCACUUCGCGAGCGCGCAUCACGUGGAUAAAGGGUUAAAGCAGCAGCCUAGAGCGCUUUCAAAGAGAGGCAGGUGUCCCAGUACCAACCCAAAUCUGGACCAGAUGUUUUUAAUCCUCUCUCUAGAACUACAGAGUAAUUCAUAACUGUCAUAGCGCGUAAGGCGAGUUUUGUGGUCAGGAGAAUAGCCUUUGUUGCUCAAGAAGUCAAAACUAUACAAUAGUAUAAAUACAGAGAUCUGAACUCACUUUUCACUCACAGUAUUCUGAAACACUGGGAGAUUUUUUUUUUUUAAUUCUUGUCUCCUGCUUCGUGGAAGCUCGAGGCGCUCAAUUCUGGCUCAGCUGUUUCAAUAAAAUUAGGUUAGUAACUCCUCAAAAUAAGUCCUCAUUUCUGCCCUCCAACAUGUGGUGGAUGCUGUUUCCUCGCUGGAUCUGGUUCGUCUCGGGACAGUUUUUGCUGCUAUUUGUGGACAGGCAAUGCGCGAAAGGCAUGACUUUGCAAAGAGUUGCGUAUUCACACGCAGGGAUCUGUCCAAACGACAUGAACCCAAACUUGUGGGUUGAUGCAAUGAGCACCUGCACGAGAGAAUGUGAAUCUGAUCAGGAAUGUGAAACGUUUGAAAAGUGCUGUGCCAAUGUUUGCGGCAAUCGCAGCUGUGUGGCGGCCCGCUACAUCGACGCUACAGGCAAGAAAGGGCCCAUGGGCAUGCCAAAGGAGGCGUCCUGUGACAAGUUCAUGUGCACUCAGCAGGGCUCCGAGUGCGAAAUCUGGGAUGGCCAGCCCGUGUGCAAAUGCCGUGACCGCUGCGAGAGAGAGCCUCACUUCACCUGCGCCUCGGACGGGAUGACCUACUAUAACAAGUGCUACAUGGACGCGGAAGCGUGCUCCAAAGGCAUCUCCUUAUCAGUGGUGAUGUGCCGCUUCCACCUCACCUGGCCCAACACUAGUCCUCUCCCGGCAGGCACCACCGCAUUGCCCACCACCACACUGCAGCGCACCACUCCUGUAGACGUGCACGCUCCCAUCCUGGCGAACAGCCCAUCGCAGCAGUCUGUGUUCGUCGGCGACACAGCCAGCUUCCUUUGUGAAGUCGCUGGCCGGCCAAAGCCAGAGAUCACCUGGGAGAAGCAGAUGGACGGCCAAGGAAAAGUAGUUUUGAAACCCAAUCACGUGCAUGGGAACGUUGUGGUCACCAACAUCGGCCAGCUGGUGGUCUACAACGCUCAACUGCAAGAUGCCGGCAUCUAUACAUGCACGGCCACGAAUGCAGGCGGAUCCAUCCAAGCGAAUUUCCCACUAUCCGUAGUGGAGCAAGAGCCAGUCACGAAGUCGAACUCCACUCGUUUCCCAGCGGAGGAAUGCUUUAAGGUGCCUGAUAGCGAAAACUGUGGGGAGGAAAAGCUGAGUUGGUUUUAUGACCCCCAGAGGAACAACUGCUACACCUUCACCUACGGCAACUGCAGCAAAAACCGCAACCGUUUUGACGCUUACGAGACCUGCAUGUCAUCCUGUCGGGACGAACUCGCCUCUCCUUGUAACCUUCCUAUCUACCAGGGACCUUGCAAGGCGUACGAACCUCGCUGGGCUUACAGCGGAACCCAGCGCCAAUGCCAACCGUUCGUAUACGGCGGCUGCAAAGGCAAUGAGAACAACUUCAAAACCAAAGAGGCGUGUGAGGAUUCCUGCCCGUUCCCGAGGAACCAUCGCUGCCAGCCGUGCAAGCCGCGGCACAAGAUGGUGACCAGCUUCUGCAAAAGCGAUUUCGUGAUUCUAGGACGUAUGACGGAGCUGACAGAGGACCAGGACUCGGGCCAUGCUCUGAUCACCGUGGAGGAGAUUCUGAAGGAUGAGAAAAUGGGGCUGAAGUUCUUUGGGAAUGAGCCCUUGGAGGUGACGUUGCAGAACAUGGACUGGGCCUGUCCGUGUCCAAACGUCACCGCCUCCGACGGUCAGAUCAUCAUCAUGGGGGACGUCGACAACGGCAUGGCCGUCCUGCAGCCCGACAGCUUCAUCGUACUUUCCAGCGUCCGACGCGUCCGUAAGCUCCGGGAGGUCAUCAAUAAAAACACCUGUGACAUUUUGAAAGAGUUCAUCCAGUAGGACUUUUUCCAGAUGUCUGACGUCACAUAAAGUAACGAUUAAAUCGUUGUUCUGGGGUUCUGAGAAUCUGUCUUUUAUGUACAGCUUUUGUACCCAGACUGUUUGCUUUGACAAGGUUAGAUAUGUUUCUACAGCUUGAAUAGAAAUGCUCACAUCAACUUGGAAGGUUUUUAUAAGAGCUGCCCUUACAAACCCAUCUGCUCACCCAAAAAUCCCACAAAUGCUGUGUCAUCUGAUGAUUUUGAUAAAUUAAUGUUUUUUUCUCUCUGUGCUUAGUUGACAGAAGAUUUGUUGUUGUUCUUAGUAAUUAAAUGACUGUUGUAUUAUAGAGUUAGAUUUGCUUAAUGCACUUAGAUAAGUUGUAUAAUAUUGAAAAUAAGAUCAAUUUCAGCAGGAGAAAUAAUCCGUCUUUAAGGCUCACUUGUGUAUAGAACUGAGUGUAUAUGAUUUAGCACAGACUGCAUUUAUUUGAAGCUAUUUAUUUUGAUUUUUUUUUAACCAAAAAGCUGACUGUCAUUUCUUACAAGCACUUAUGUAUUUCUACAAUUGUCUUUUUAUUAUCUUUCUAGUCGUCUGUCACGAUUUGCAUUGUGAAGUGACACCAAAAUAAACAUU